AUGCAUCGUAUUGAAACGCAUCAUAAACGCAAGGUGGACGAGAAGGCGACCCAACUGCAUGCGAUCGCCUCGCUCAAGGUAUUGCUCGAUGCAACGAAACCGCAACGCGGCGGCGCCACCACAUCGGCUGCCAAUCAUGUCAAGAUCAAUUUGAAAGAGACCACAUUGGCCGAUCGACCCAAUGGCAACAUUGACACGACACUGGAUUCGCCAUCCAUCCAAAGUCAAAGUGGUCGUCGUCAGAGCUGGAUUGAUCAGAGGGUCAAAAUUCAGACACGCAAAUUUAGCAUCAAAGCCAAUGAAAUUGAAGAUGAGCCGGAACCACUGAGCAUGGCCUGGCCCGAUACUGCCCGCAAACGUCUCACCUACAUAAUGGUGGCACCACUGCUAAUACCCAUGUGGCUGACGUUGCCCGAUACGCGUACACCGCGCGGCAAGAAAUACUACCCGGUCACGUUCAUGGGCUCAAUACUAUGGAUUGCUGCCUUCUCAUAUCUGAUGGUGUGGUGGGCGAACGUAGCCGGCGAUACGGCACGCAUUCCACCCGAGGUAAUGGGUUUGACCUUCCUUGCCGCUGGCACAUCAAUACCCGAUUUGAUAACGUCGGUGAUUGUGGCGCGUAAGGGAUUCGGUGAUAUGGCGGUUUCCAGUUCAGUUGGUAGCAAUAUUUUCGACGUCACUGUUGGGUGUGACAAGUAUUUUGCUGAUUAUUGUACUUCAAUGCUGAGUCAGCAUGAAGUCUAUAUUUUGCUACUAAGUUACGAUGAGAUCUGCAUUCUGAAGUUGUAG